ACGACCCUGCCCGUGAGCAAUCUCCCAACUCAUCUCUGGUACAUAAUAGACCCCUGGUAUUUACAUAUUUUCGUGAGUAUUCGUAGCCAACUUCACAAGGACUCAGCGGCCUCGGCCUCGGUCGCUUGAAACGUGAACUCGAAUUUUAUACUUCCAAGAGAUUUUAAAGAUUCCAUUAAGAAGCUGCAGUGUUGACAAACAUGUCUUGUUGCACCGGAGAAGAUGAAGAAGAGCAACACCCAAAUCCUACAAGAGUUCGGGGAUGCACAGAUAUUUUCUGGCUAUGCCUUUUUAUAUUAUUUUGGUUUCUCAUGAUUUUAAUAGCAGCGUUUGCAUUAGUAUAUGGAAAUCCAUUGCGGCUUAUAAGUGGUUAUGACAGCUUCGGUAAUACAUGUGGAAUGAAGAAUAAUCAGAAGUUUGGCAGUAUGGAAUUGUCAGGUCAAGAUACCAGUGAAAAACCAUACUUAUUCUUCUUGAAUGUAAAUAAUGUCAAGCAAUCUUUGAAGAUUUGUGUGAAAAAGUGCCCUGAUCAAACUUUAAGAACUUUGGAUGAUAUUUGUAAGUUUUAUAAAAAGACCGGGUCUCAGCUCUGCCAUGAUAGACCUGGUAGCGAGUUUAGCGCAUGCAACAGUGAAAACAGCAAAAAUAAGACAGGAUCGUGUCCUAAAUUACCAGUUUACGAUAGUAUUCCAAUAUUAAAUCGUUGCAUUCCUAAAACUGUUAAAGAAGUUGGAAACGCAAUAGUAAGGAAUUUGUAUGGACUUCUCAAUUCAUGGGAUGUAAUCGAACAAAUCUUAGGAGAUUUAUAUAAAACAUGGAGAGAAAUUCUAGCCUUGUCAUUUCUUGCCUUCGUAUUAUCACUCUUUAUGAUCGCCAUCUUCCAUUUAUUAGCCAAUAUUGUAACUUGGGUCAUGAUGACACUUGUUACUGUAUCUAGUAUUGCUGGUACCGGAUUGCUGUGGUGGACGUAUAUAGGAAUAAAGCAAACUCUAGAUGCAACAGAUCCCAGUGAACUUUUAGAGGAGUCUGUUCGAAAUGAAAAGGCCUUUUUAGCUUUUGCAAUUAUAGCUACAAUAGUUACAGUUGUUCUGCUCUUCCUCCUUUGUAUACUACGAAAGUAUAUUAGCUUCAUGGCAGUAUUAUUCCGUGAAAGUGCGAAAUGUCUCGCAGAACUUCCAGGAUUGUUUUUUCAGCCUUUAUUGACUUUCAUCGCUCUUCUCGUAUUCUUCGCUUUUUGGAUCGUUGUCAUACUUUCUUUAGCAACAGCCAAUUAUCCAGGAACAAAGUCAGUUCAAAUCCUUGAUCACAUUCUUGAUCCUGUGAAUUUAAACUCCAACGGAGCAAAAAGUUUGUCUAUCGAACAGAAGAAAAUGGAUCUCUCCAUUGAUAGUUUUAAAACAUUUACUCUAGUUGAAUACGUCGAUGCGACUUGGGUAAAAUGUAUGUGGUGGGUGUAUAUUAUUGGACUAAUUUGGACUUCAGAGUUUAUUAUCGCCUGCCAGGAUAUGGUUAUAGCUGGUGCAGUUGCUCAUUGGUACUUUAGAGAUAAGGAUGCAAGCGUGUCUCCUGUAUGUUCAGCAAUGGGAACCCUAGUUAGCUAUCAUUUAGGCUCUGUUGCUUGUGGAUCACUAUUAAUUACUAUCUUUAAAGUGCCUCGAUUAAUUUUAGCAUAUCUCCACUCGAAAUUUGAAAAAACGAAAGAAACAUCACCGUGUUCUCAGUGUGGUUUAAAAUGUUGCAUUUGCUGCUUUUACUGCAUGGAGAAAUUUAUUCGAUACAUGAACCACAAUGCAUACACCGUUGUUGCCAUAGAAGGGACGAAUUUCUGCAACGCCGCUAGAAUUGCAUUUACAACAAUCGUGAGUAAUGCUUUACAAAUUGCGGUGAUCAACGGAGUAGGUGAUUUUAUCCUAUUCCUGGGUAAAUGCUUUGUAACAGCUGCCACAGGGUGCGUUGGACUGCUCUUUAUGAGGCAGGAUCCCAGAUUGCAUUUUUACGCAGUGCCUAUAUUUGUCGUUUGCAUUUUUGCAUUUUUCAUUGCUCACUGUGUUAUUUCAUUGUACGAGACUAUAAUUGACACGCUGUUUCUGUGCAUUUGCGAGGAUAAGAACCUGAAUGGAGAGAAUGGUAAGUGGCGUCAAUCUGCACUCGCUCAAAUUGGGUCUAAUACAAAUGUUAAUGGACAACAAGCACAGGAACUCGCUCCCAUGAAUCAGUACGUGCUGCGGGUCUACGCCAACUGAUUUUCACACAAGCUUCAUUCGUUUCAGAGAAGUUUUUUGCCUUUUAAUUCUGUAGAUUAUUACGUUGCUGCAAUGCAACUUAUUUUGAGGCAAUUUAACUGGUGCGUUCAAAAUAUUCAGUAUUCCGAACUUUCUGCCACUUCACAAAGGAAUCGUGAAAUGUUAGGGAGUCUCUGCUCUAAGUCAGACGAACUUGACUUUAUUUCCAUUAUGAAAUUUCCGAUUAACUAGAUCAGAAGGGAAUCACUUUGGAUAUAUAAGCUCUUUUUACUGAAGUAGUAGCAGGAUUUUGUACGCAUUUGCUUUCCUACAUAGUUACUUAUUCGUUGCUUCCAAGUGAAUGAGAAACAUUUGAAAAGUGGCUUCAAAAGAAAAAAAAAAAGUACAAUCACCUUAGGUAAUUUUGCAACUCAGUCACAACUAUCCAUAUAUGGCGAUUUAUCUAUUUAAAAUAUAAUUAUUUACAAUUUUAGGCUUUGGACUUUUACGGCCGAAUUUUACACUUUUAUAAGCACGUUUAUGGUGUUUCUAUUGAUAUAUGGUACGAUUUACAAACUUAAAUGUCGCACCCAAAGAUUGAAAAUAAUGACUUUCAGGAAAAUAUGUUAGAGUAAAAGAAUAAGAAAUUUGAAAAGAAGCGAUCUUGGAGGGUGUCUUUGUAAUGAAAAUUUCGUGUGCAAUGUGUUAUGUUUAAGAAACAAUGGGCAUAUGCUGAGAUACUUGUUUAUAUACGAUAUAAUAAGGACUAUUAAUAUUCGGUUACAUUGGAGUAAUAAUUUUAAGCCAAUUAUUUUUGGCAGCUUCAUUCUUCCUUGGAAACGAAAGAUAGUAUUUUAAAUAAUGGAUAAGGAGCUUUCUGAUUAAUUCAACAACUUUGGCAUUUUUGUUCAGUACUGUUGAAUAUUCUUAACAAUCCUUAUCCAUUUAUACUUCAACAAAUCUCUUCAAAUGCCUUUACGUGUGAUGUACUAGAUUAUUUCUUAUUUUUGAUACACAUGAAAAAUGUCAUUAAAUAGGAUGACAAUCAUUUUUCUCAAGAGUACCACAUAAUAACAUAUUUUUUAAUAGAAAUGUGGAGGUACUCUACUUAGUCUUUUUAAAUAUGGAUUAAAACACUUGCAUUAACGUAUUUGUGAAACGCCUAAUUACAUCACAUUCUGCGCACAAAUUGAACGAUAAAUACGUAUAUACGUGUAAUUAAACAUUGGGGCUUGAAUAAUUGUCUGUUAACGUACAAAGUAUUAUAAGGUCUUUUUUGCACUCGUGUUGUGUUAUUUGUACACUCCGUUUAGGAACAGACUAUAUUCUGCAUUUUGAAAAAUAGGAUGUACACAUUGUUUUAUUGAAAUCAAGUGUACGGUGCAUCUAAUUUUUAAAAAUAUGUUGUUAUUUCUCAUACAUAGAAUAUCAGUAUAUACCGUUUGUUGAAUUGGAAUUACAACGCUACUAAUGUUCCAUUGGGAAUUUUAAUCUAAAUGCUAAGAAAACUGACCUGCAUCGAACAGUACAGAUAUAUCUUACUCUUCCGAUUUCAAGCCUGCGUACACAUUUAUACUCAGACUGUCCAUAAAAAAUAAUUAUUUUUAGUUCAGAUUUAAAGAGUUUUAUGAAUAUAUUUUUAUAUAAGUUCAUCAAUCUACUUUACAAAUAGUUUUAUUUUUAAUAUAAUGGCAAAUCAUGUUAAGCAAAUCGUAGUGACGUAUUUUGUGAUCCAUAUAUUUUUCAAUUAUAUUUAUUGUAAGCAAAACUGAAAAUAAAAAUGUAUUAAUAUGA